AUGAGGGCGCAUACUGGUGAAGACCCAUUUGAAUGUGAAAUUUGCAACAAACUGUAUUCAACACAGAGUAAUUUAACAAUGCAUAUGAAAUUGCAUAGUGAUGAAAAACCAUUAGAAUGUGGAAUUUGCGCCAAACAAUUUUCAACAAAGGGUAAUUUAAAAACACAUAUGAAACUGCAUACUGAUGAAAAACCAUUUAAAUGUAAAAUUUGUAACAAACAAUUUUCAGCAAAGAGUAAUUUAAAAACACAUAUGAGAGUUCAUACUGGUGAAAAACGAUUUAAAUGUGAAACUUGCAACAAACAGUUUUCAGCAAAACAAAUUUUAACAUCGCAUAUGAGGGUGCAUAAUAAAGACCUAUUUAAAUGUGAAAUUUGCAACAAAGGGUAUUCAACACAGAGUAAUUUAACAAUGCAUAUGAAAAUGCAUACUGAUGACAAACCAUUUAAAUGUGGAAUUUGCAGAAAGCAGUUUGUAACGAAACAAAUUCUACAAAGGCAUAUGGCAGUGCAUACAGGUGAAAAACCAUUUGAAUGUGGAAUUUGCAACAAACAGUUUAUAACGAAACAAGUUCUACAAAGGCAUAUGGCAGUGCAUACAGGUGAAAAACCAUUUAGAUGUGUAAUUUGCACCAAGAAUUUUUCAACGAAAUACGUCUUAAAAUCGCAUAUGAGAGUACAUACUGGUGAAAAACCAUAUUGA